GUCACCGAGGUGUCUUCUUUCUCUGAAAACUACCGAAAGUGAAAACGUUAAAAAACGCGUCGCAGCAUCAAGGCGGCGACAGAAUUUGCGACCUUCUGCUUUCUUGCCAGAUUCUUCUGGUUAUCCCGCUACGUUACCUAGCGUUUUGCCGCCAUCUUGGGUCCUGGUACUGGCUUCCGGCCCCCGUGAAGCCGGUUUCGCCAUCUUAUGUUUGGGCAGUGGCUGCAUUUUCAAACGUGGGAGGCGACUCCGGGAAAGGGAAGUGAGCCAAAGCCUCUGAGACUUUGCCUGCCGUCUUUUUGGGGUGAGUUUCCACAUCCACGUACUAGUCAACCAGUGACCCUGGACAGUAACAAAACACAAAAAGCCCGAACCCACCUCCCGCCACCAGCAUAGCUCCACGCUCUGGAAUCUGACAGACAUCGUCUACCCUUGUGCUUCAGCUUUGUAACUUGUAAGGUUCUGUGGCUUGUUUGGAAAUCAGUAAACCAUGGCAUCUAAGAAGUUUGCCGUUAAAUGUGGAAAUUUUGCUGUCCUCGUGGAUCUUCAUAUAGUGGCGCAAGGUCCAAACAAGGAUUCCAGUUGGUUUUCUGAACAGAAGAAAGAGGAAGUUUGUUUGCUGUUAAAAGAAACCAUUGAUUCCAGAGUUAAGGAGUACGUGGGCAUUUACAAACAGCACAGGCCAUCACAUGCAGAAUUCACAAGAUCCAGUCCCUUGUCCUUAAAAGUGCCUGAUGCAACACAAGAUCCUGCCAAAGAAAGCUUUCUCCUCGCUGUCCAGACUCAAGCUUGUGGUUAUGGCUUUCAGAUCACAGCCUAUUUCAUCAAGAGAGGGAUACGCCUUCGCUGUAUUCAGAGCUCACAGAACACUGAACUUCGUAUAUUUCCUGACAGAUUUGUGGUCUGUGUUAGUCAACUUGCAUUCGGUCCUGAUGCUUGGGCAAGCCAGAAUGAGAAAUCGACAAAAAGAACCCUCCAUGGACUGUCUGACUAUUUCGCUGGGUGUACGCAGAGUUCACCUUCUCCUGGUACAAAGCUCAAGAAAAACACUCUACAAGAAAUUGUGAGAAGAACUGAAACAAAAAGCAGUGCCAAGAGCAAAUCACAGACCAGCACGGACCUUGUGGGAAGAUCUAGUGACUCGGUCAUUACUGUGGUACCAAGGGUGAGGGAUGCCUCAGCCGUUCUCCUGUCAGAAUCCAUGGGUCAAGCACUGGAUGACAUAAAAGCAGCCAAGAGCCACUGGGGACUUCCUGUUCAAAAGCUGGAAAAUGUUUCCCAGACUCAGCCAGAAGACACUAGCAGCCAGGAACAACCUCAUCCAGGGGAGUGGCUAAAGACGGGGCUUCUAAGCAGGAGCCCUAAGUGUAGCUAUGAGUCAGCAUCACCAGGUCCAAAGCAAAGUCCACGAGCAGCCAAGACACAACAGAAACGCAGGAACUGCGGCUCUGCGGAAGACUCUGACCACCGCAGGAGAGUUUCUCUUGGAAAUGAUGGGUCAGCCCCCGGAGACGUGGUGCUGGGAAAGAGCACAGCUGGCAGUGUUUUGCCAGCGUUAGAGUUGUCAGACCCAGGGUUGCUUUUGAAUCAGGAUUUGGCAAAAGCCACAGCUAAAGAAGAGCUGCAUGCUUUGGAAAAUCUCUCCAGACACCUUAUGACCAACAUCCCAGGGCAGGCACAGCAAGCCACCCCGGCUGCAGCUGACGAAAGAUUAGCCACAGUUCAAGGCACCCCAAGCAAAAAAAGAAAGAAAUUGCAAAGUUCUAGCAGAGGAUGUAGUAGCAAGAAAACCUUGAAUGUGUAGUUCCCAGGAUUUGGAAAGAAUUGGGGUAAUCUCUCUAAAUAAACAGAUUUUAGAGGCUGAAGGACUGUCUCAGCUUUAGGAGCACUUACCGCACUUGCAGAGGACCUAGGUUGGCUUCCAAGCAUCCACAAGGUGACUCACAAGCAUCACGAACUCUAGAUCCAGGAGACACAACACCCACUUUUGGCCCCCAUGGGCACCGGGCAUGCACAUGGUAUGUAUACACACAAGCAGGCAAAACACACAUACACAUGAGAUAAAUCUUUUUUAAAAACUGUUUGUGUUGGGAUUAGACUUCGCAGUCACCUCCUGGAGGCUGUUUUUCUAAUAGGCGUGUUACUUUCUCAUCGUGUUUAUAACUGUCUCCAGAAAACACUGUUGACAAAGAGCCCUCUACCUGUCGAGGUAUAUAGGACCCCGUGGAGAAACCAGUAAUGUGGGGUGUUCUCACCGCAUCGCUAUGAAGACCUCCUGAUGGGAUAAAGAGAGACGGUGCCCUGCGCUGCUGGCCAGGUCUCAUGCUCCAGUCCUCUUGCUCCUCAAACUGAGUCCCUGGCAGUGAAAAUAGGCUAGUGGUUCUCAGCGUUGUGGUUCUAUGUGAAAUGCACGUUUUAGAAUCUGAGAGGAACUAUGAUUCUGAAAUAACACUAAAGCUGAUGAUUCCCUAGAAAUUAUUUCCUCCAGCCUUGGUACCACAGCUUCCAUCAACUGGGGCCACAUGUACACCCCUAUGCUCCCUUGGACUUGUGAAGUAUUUAGAUUGGGUUUGGUGUGUGAGUCACUUAAUUCCCAGAUUCUACUAUAGGAUGAGACAGCGCUUAGAGAGCUGGUUAGCUAUAGUUGCCAGAAGUGUACAGGUAAUUCAUCUCAGCCUUAGGUGGAAAAGGUGUGUUCUGUGUGACGCAGGUCUGACCCUGUCGUUCACACAUUCAGUAUUCCAGCUACAGUAAGGACAGACCAGAACCCAUUUCAGUUCCAAGUUGGAAAAAUUCACAGGGCAUUUACAUAUUCUCUUUGGAUGUAUAGCCUGCUCUCAAGAAAGACAAGAAACCUAAGUGUCAACCUGGAAAUUCCAUCUGAUCAUCCCAGCCUCAAAGGACCAGAAACCACUUGCUGUUGUUUCUUUCCUUCCCGCCUAGCUUUUUUUCUUGAGAGAUAAUUCCCAACCAUUGAAUCCUCAAUGGAAGUCCGAGUAUCCUCCGUUAUGCACCAAGAAGCAGUUCACACAGAAAGAUCCUAAAGUCAAAGCCAGUCCUAUCAGAAUGAUGGACUCCAAAAGUAAGAUAUUCUGACCUGGAAUAAACAGGGAUUUACUUGUUUAAUGGUUAAGGUCAUACUCAGUCCUUAAUUGUACUUAAAUGAAGGAUUUGCUUUCAAGAAAUGUUUUGUUUUUCAAAUCUGUUAUUGUAGGAAAUAAUGAUUAUUGUGACUAGUGAGAAAAAUAGUAUGUUUGGUUUGUACAUAGAUGUGGUCUUUCUCACAGCCUUCAUGCACAAUGGAUUUUAACAGGAUUAGCAGGGAAUGGCUCUGGGCUCCCACAAGUGGCAUAUGUUUAAGGAAUUUUGCCUUUAAGCAUUUUCCUUCAGUGUAUCUGAAACACCUCUACAUCUCUUGUUUCUUGAAUGGUUUAAAAAUUCUUUGAAUAUAUGGACAAAGGGGGAAAUUAGUCCCAAGUGUUUUGUUAAUUAUCAGGUGGUAUGUUAAAUAUUUUCUACUGUUAGGAGUGGUAAGAGUUUUUAUAUUCUUAACUAUUGUAAUAACUUGGCAUUUGAAAUUCUGAGACCAACAGUAUUGAUAGUCAAAAACAAGUUCUUCAACCCCUUAGUACCCAAAUUAAAUUUAUAUUCAGGUCCCUGUAAUUCUGGUACUUACAAGAGAUAUCCAUCUAGUUCUCCUGAUAUUAUUAUAACUGAAGAACUUUCUCAGUACGUGGAAUGCUAAGCCACCUCUAUGUUCUUUCAAAUGACAUUUAAUAAGUGAGAAUUGGUUAGGUCUUUUUUUCUUUCUUUCUUUCUUCCUCUCCCUCCACCCCCAUUUAAAAUCCUGUGGGAGAGGCUGGGCCUGGUGCUGUCCUAGCACUGGGAGGUAAAAGCAGGCAGAUAUCGUGAGUUCACGACUAAUUUGGCCUACAUAGUAAGUUUCCGGAUAGCCAGAGCUACAUAGUGAGACCCUGUCUCAAAACAAACAGACAAAAAAGGGUAUGAGAACAAUCUGAGGUUUUUCUUGCACAAUUGUUUUUUCUUUGCCACUGGAGGUAAACUCACCCAGAUAUGCAUAUGAUACGUUAAGUGUAAAAGGUCACUUGGCCCUAGAACAGAGUAAGAACUACAUAGUUUUGUUCCCUUAUUGCAUGCUAAAGAAAUACGGAAAUGCAUUUCAUUUCUUAAAAAGCAAGACUCAUGGGCUGUUGGUGAAGAAGGUGCUUUGCAUGUGCAGUUCUCUGGAUUUGAUCCCUAAGAUAUCAAUAAGAAAGAAAACUUCUGUAGUUUGAUUUCUGAAGAGUGUAGCUCAUCUCUGGAUGAACCUUCUCAAAGUGUAUCUUGGAGAUGAUGCUGAGGUCUCAGUAUAAUUGUGAUUUCAGCAGAGAUCGUUCCUAUCAGUGCCCUUUGGCUUCAGAAAGAGCCCCGAUUGGGGCAGACCCAUAGGGAAGGAACUAUCUAUGCCCAAGAGAAUGGCCUAGGAUCAGUGGCGGCAUUCAUGUUUCCUUAAGCUCCUUGGCAGACCUUACUGUAAUAUUUCCACAAAACGGUAGUGAAUGGGCCUCUGGAUAACAAGCAACUUUUCAAGAGCCAAAAAAACUCGCUGUGCAGCAUGCUGGGACUGGAAUAUGGAAAUUGUUUUAAUUUCUUCUUUUCUCUUAUGAGGAAAUCACUGCAUUUGGUUUGUCAAGACAAGAGAGUUCAUUCCCCAGUAUUGAAACAGUGAUGAACUGAAACAUGUUGGAGCAAGUUAAAAAAAAAAUAAGUCAAAAUUAAACUGGCUUCUCUUAAAUAGCUUAAAGCCUUCCACAGUACAAAAUAAAUUAAGCAUUGUAAAACGAAGUUAACUCAAGUAACCACUCAGUACAGAAAUGUAGCCAUAUAUAUCAUCAGUCUUGCUGUUCCGGGGUAUAAUUAAAUUCUCAGAAAUCUGCAGAAUUCCCUCUAAUUUGGUUUCUAUAUAUAUUUAACGAGACAGGGAGUGAAUAUAUGUCAAUAUGUAGCAUAACAGGGACCUUAGAUGGAUGAGAUUUCCUUUAUCGUCUGGACCCAUUCGGGUAAAUUCCAUUGGCAGCAGAGAAUUGCCAUACUACAUUAAGUGUUUCCAUCACCAUUCUUACCAGAGAUUGGGAAUUUCAGUUUACUGAAGCAGAAGUCGGUAAAACCACACAUUUGACUCCCCAAAGCGUCUGAUGGGUUCUAGUAGGUGAUAAUUUGACAGAUUCUCAGAAUGAGUUUCCGGGUAGAAUUAGACAUUGCCAAAUCUCCAGGAGAACCCUGGUCCUCUCAUUUAAGUAGCUUAAAUAGUCUGAAUGUCCAGCGAAUAAAACCAUUUCUGUAUUGAAAAUGUACCUUUUUAUGAAUAAAUAUGUGUGUAUUGUGUUGUGUCAUCCA